AUGGCCCACAGUUGCCAUCCCCACGUGCUUUCCAGUGUAAUAACAAAAAAGAAACAUCUAGAUUGGGUGGUACAGGAAACACUGCAAAGUUUAAAAGAGAGAGUUUAUGAGGUUUUAAGCAUCAAAGAAUUUGGAGACCUACUGGAUAAUAUGCCCUACACACAAUCAGCAUAUGAACAAUAUUAUUUAUGUAAGUUGUUAUCUGAUAGUAACUAUGAAGAUGUAGAUAAAACGCAUCCUGUAGAAAAUAUUACGAAGAGGUAUAAAGACAUUGUAUCACAUAUCGAUGAAAGCAUCUGUAAAAUCGCAUAUCUAGCUGAUUGUGUAUCACUAGAACGUUUAAUCGAUAUUAUACAGCAGCAUGAUAUUGAAUUUGUAUUUGAUGUAGAAAAUAAGAUGAGACAUUAUACUGUAUUGAAAUGGAUAAAGAAAAAUAUAGCCAAGGGUAACAUUGGAGAUGAAACCCUCGGAUGGACCUCUGGACCCUGUAGUGUGAAAUGGCCAUCCACCAAAUUCGAAUAUUAUGUAGCAUGUUUAAAGAUCUUGUGUGAUUUAUCCAAAACGUAA